AUGGCUGGGGGAACGAAAUACAAUUUCCUCAUCGUUUUCUUUGUUGCGUUGGGCAGCUUCACCUAUGGCUUCAACAGCGCCAUCAUGGGCCUUGUGAUCGGUCUGCCGGCUUUCUUCCAAUACUUCAACAUCAGCCUCGACGACACCCAGGGCAACCAAAUCACCGGAGCUACCAAUGGACUCUAUUCAGGAGGUGGCAUCCUGGGCUGUAUCUUUGUGCCUUGGCUACUCGACCGCCUUGGCCGUCGCCGAACGAUCCAGAUCGCAGCGGCCGUGGCGAUCGUUUCGGCAGCACUGCAGGGAGGUAGCGUCCAUAUCGCCAUGUUCCUGAUUGCUCGCUUCCUCAACGGGUUCGCGGUUGGUAUGCUGGACACGUCCAUCCCGGUUUUCCAAUCCGAAAUCUCGCCGGCUCGUCAACGCGGCCGCAUGGUUGGGGCCCAUGGCGUGUUGAUCGUCAUCGGUUACAGCUGUGCUGGUUUCGCCGGGUUUGGCACGUACUUUGCCACGCCCACCGUCAGCUGGAGACUGUGUCUGAGUUUGCAAAUCGUGGCCCCGCUCCUGCUGUUCCUGGGAUCGCCCUGGCUUCCCGAGUCCCCGAGGUGGCUGAUCGACCAUGACAGACUGGAGGAUGGCUUCCAGGUCCUCCGCAGUUUGCACACCCGGCCCGAAGAUCCAGACGAGAUUGUCGCUCGUGAAGAAUUCCUUCAAAUCCGCAGGCAAAUCGAGCUCGAGCGGGCGGACAAGUUAAGCAAGAGCUGGGCCGCCCUUUUCAAGAAGCCUAGCUUGCGCAAGAGAUUGAUCCUGGGAUUCGGCACACAGUUCAUUGCCCAAAGCACGGGCGUCUUGGUUGUCAACAACUAUCAGAUCUUGCUGUACAAGUCUCUUGGCAUCACAGGCUCCCUACCUCUGCUCUUGAAUGCCCUGUAUAACGGCCUGGCCGCAACCAUGAACUUCGUCAACUCCUUGUUCCUAGAUCGACUUGGCCGGAUCAGGAUCAUGCUCAUCGGGCUGAUCGGUUGCGCAUGUUCGUUGAUCUGCUUCACCGCCAUGGUCGCGACAUUCGGGGGUACGACGAAUCAAGUUGGGAACGGCUUCGGAGUGUUCUUCUUGUUCCUGUUUGUGUUCUUCUAUGGCGGGACCAUGGAUGCUACCUCGUACGUGUAUUGCAGCGAGAUCUUCCCGACUCCGCUCCGGGCUCAGGGCACGGGAUUUAGCGUUGCAGGUCUGUUCACUGCCACCCUGAUAUACACUCAGACCGCACCAGUCGCCUUUGCACAAGUCGGGUGGAAGUUCUACAUCAUGUUCAUCAUCCUCCCGCUGCUUGGUGCGGCAUUAAUGUGGAAGUUCUUCCCGGAGACGAAGCUCCUCACGCUCGAGGAGAUAUCGAAACUCUUUGGCGAUGAGGUUGCCUUGGAUAUAAACCAACUGAGCACGGAGGAGAAGAUGGCCUUGGACCGCGAAGUUGCCAAAGGUGUUCAAGGAGUGAUUUCUGUCGAGCUUGAGAGCAGUGAGACCAAAACGCCUGAUGAUCGCAUUGAGGUGGUAUAGAGUUGGACCGGGAAACCAGAG